UCGCCGUCUUACCAAUAAUAGCGUUUUACUUCUUUGCACGCAAUGAAAACCACUAUGCACGCAUUUCUGAAAUAAAUAUAUGCUAUUUAAUGAAGAAAAUCUCCAACACUUAUACAUAAUCUUUCAAAUUUGGCAAAAAGGUUCAAAAAUCAUUUGAAGGGCUAAAUUAAUUAUACUACAGUAUUCUACCAAAUGAAAUCUUCUAUUCUAGAUUUUAGGAAGGGGCCAGGGGCGAUUGUCAGCACGAACCGCUAUUAAGCAUAUACUCCACGCGGUAGUAUAUCGGUGUGUGGUAAGUACUUAUCCAAUUGACAGUGCCCCCGUCUGACAUAGUUCAGUCGUCGACGAACUUAGGAUGAUCUGACUGCGUUUCUACCAACAGUGAUGUUUUUGCGAUUCUAUUCUUCUGAUGAAUUGCGUUCUUCCACUGUGUGCUUCUUAUAAUCAUAUAAAUACCAUCAAAAAUAAAUAGUGAAGGGAAGAUUGAAAUAUUGAUAUAAAAAAUCGACAUGAUGAUUCCUGUAAAUGUGUCCAGCGACACUGUGUUUUGGUUUACUGGUCUAGUGAGAACAAAUAACGCGGUCAAGGUUGAUCGUUGUCAGUGAACUAAUUCCUUUUCUGGCUAUCAAUAGACGAGCUGAAAAAUCGAUUGAUCUGAUAACUUUCUUUUGGAAUAAACACAUAUUCAAUGUGAGGAGAAAUGCGAGUAAACAAAUGCAAUUGACAUGGCAGCCGACUUGUACGCGAAUGGAUCCGUGAAGUCAACGUCCGACAGAAAUAUUGGAUAAAAAAAAUAUUGGAUAUAUAAAUUGGAUAAGAAGAAAACAAAAUUAACAAAAUUAAAAAAAGUGAGAAUAUCAAAUAAUUGCGGGCAACAUGAGGCAACAUAAGACGGGCACGCUUGGCGCCGCGGCGCCUAUAUCUACAGAGGAGGAACGAUUGAAAUUUCAAGACAACAGGUUCUUGACGACAUUAGUUCUUGGUAGAAAUAGAAAAAUUUCACCAGAGAUUCUACCUUCCUGUUCACCGGGGAUAUUCCGACAAAAAUCAUUCCGCGCUUCAACUCCGCCGAAAAACGCGAACAUACCUGCGGCAAAUAAUCAUCAACGCGCAAGCGUCGAUACAAGAGGUCCACGUGAACCUAAAACACCUAAUAGUGGCACACGUUUAAAGAGCGGUGUGUUGCUACUUGCGCGGGGCGCCCGAAAUACCAGCAAGCACGCACGUUUUGGUACAGCACUGGCGAACAAAAUGGCGUCCUCGAGCUCCACCACGGUUGUGCAGGGCUGGCCGAACACCAAGGACGACUAUGAGCUGAAAGAGGUUAUUGGCGUAGGUGCCACUGCUGUAGUACAUGCAGCAUUUUGCAUUCCACGGCAAGAAAAAUGUGCGAUCAAAAGAAUAAACUUAGAAAAAUGGAACACAAGCAUGGACGAACUUUUGAAAGAAAUACAGGCAAUGUCCUCCUGCAAUCACGAAAAUGUAGUCACGUAUUAUACGUCAUUUGUCGUAAAAGAGGAACUUUGGCUUGUUCUGAGGUUGUUAGAGGGUGGAUCUCUAUUGGAUAUUAUCAAACAUAAAACGAGAACUACAAAUUGUAAACAUGGAGUAUUUGAUGAAGCUACAAUAGCGACAGUCCUACGAGAAGUGCUUAAAGGCCUCGAAUAUUUUCACAGUAAUGGGCAAAUACAUAGGGACAUAAAAGCCGGUAAUAUCCUACUAGGAGAAGAUGGCACUGUCCAGAUAGCUGAUUUUGGUGUUAGUGCUUGGUUAGCAACUGGUCGAGAUUUGAGCAGACAAAAAGUUAGACAUACAUUUGUGGGCACACCUUGUUGGAUGGCACCUGAGGUCAUGGAGCAGGUGAGAGAGGACCAUGGUUAUGAUUUCAAAGCAGAUAUUUGGUCACUUGGCAUUACAGCCAUUGAAAUGGCUAGUGGCACUGCUCCAUAUCAUAAGUAUCCACCAAUGAAAGUACUCAUGUUGACUUUACAAAAUGAUCCGCCAACUUUAGAUACUGCUGCCGAUGAUAAAGAUCAAUAUAAAGCUUAUGGCAAAACAUUCCGAAAAAUGAUCGUCGAUUGUUUGCAAAAAGAUCCAACAAAAAGACCAACAGCAACGGAAUUGUUGAAACAUCCAUUUUUCAAGAAAGCAAAAGAUAAAAAAUAUUUACAACAGACUUUGGUAGCUUGUGGUCCUAGUCUUGAAACUCGAGUGCAAAAGGCUUCGAAAAGACAACCUGGCACAUCGGGACGUUUGCACAGAACAGUUACAGGAGAAUGGGUUUGGUCUUCAGAAGAAGAAGAUAGUGUGUCUAGUGGUGAUGAAAGCAAAGAGGCUUUGCCAGUUAAUACAAUUGAAAAUGUAUCCACUAGUGAAGAAGAGGAGGAAGAAUUCUUUGGACGAUUGAAAUCAGUACAAAGCCAUAUUGCUAUGCAGCAUGAACCAAGUAUUCCUAUAAAUUUGGUGUUAAGAUUACGUAACCAUAAGCGAGAACUUAACGAUAUUAGAUUUGAAUUUGCUGUUGGAGUGGAUUCUGCCGAAGGAAUCGCAGCAGAAUUAGUUGGUGCAGGAUUGGUUGAUGGCAAAGAUAUUGUUGUGAUAGCAGCGAAUUUGCAAAAACUCAUAGACAGUGCCGGCCAGUUACGAACAGUAACGUUUUCAUUGAAUUCUGGUCAUGCACCCAAUGAAGUACCAGAUGACAAAGCAUUAAUAGGAUUUGCUCAAAUUUCCAUCACUGAUUAAAACAACAUAUAGAAAUUUUUGAAGUUUUGCAGAACAUUAUUAUUAGGAAUCAGUUCAAAGAAUGGAAAGUAUCAAAAGCUGAUCGAUUCUUUCGAACUCUGGAAAUAAUUUUUAAAAAAUUAAUAAUUCAAACAAUAAACUAUUGGUUUUUAUUGGUUUUUCUUUUUCACAGCUUUUGUUACUUUCACUUUAUCAGAGUUCUUACAUAAAGCAAAGAAUACAGAACAUAGAUAUUGAAUAGAAUUCAUUUAUGAAUGAACUGCUUGAAUGCAUAUUCAAAGCUGCCUACAGAUAAGAGUUUUUGAAAAAAAAAUCGUUUGAAGAUUUUUGCUGCUGAAUAGAAAAUAGAAUCGUUAUAAAAGAUAUUAAUAGACAAGAAAACUGUCUGAAAUUAAUCAGAGUUAUUUGUAAACUCUGUCAGUUAUUCAAUUCUCUUAUAAGAAUGGCAAAAAUCCAAUUUCGUAAUGGCUUAAGUUUCACUUGCUCUAAUCAUUAAUGACUGUAGUUUCAUAAAUUUACAUAUAUCAUUCAUAUUAUUGCAUUAAUUCCUGUAAAUAUUAAUAGUCGAUCAAUUCUUUAACUUAGAUUUAUUUGACUCUUACAAAUAAAUAAAACAGAAUUUCAAAUAAUUAAGCAAAUAAGUAAACUGUUAAAAGGUGCUUAAAAACACAUCUGACUUAUUUAUUUGAAAUAUCAGAUAAAUGUUUUUUUUAGUUUUUGAAAAUAUGCGUCAUGUUUGAAUGCAUAUUAUGUACUAAAAACAAAAAAAAAGCAGUCAUAUCUUUUCCUGUAUGAUAUGAAAGAUAGAAAUCAUUAGCGUAUUUCUUUAUGCUUCACGUUACACGAUCACGUAGAACACGCGAAAGUACUAAAGGAACGUGUUUUGUACUUAAUUAAAUAGAAUUAAUAAUAGUGGAUUUAUUAUUUUGUGGCUUCAUUAGAGGCAAAUAAGAAAAAAAGUUAUAAUUCAUUUAUUUCUAAUGAUGAUUUUUAAAAAAUGAUUACACAUAAAUAUGUACGGAUGGAUUAAAAAAUGAUCUAUAUUAAUCUUUUGAAAUUUUAUUUUGAAUCAAAUUUGAUUUAAUAGAUACUACUAUAAAUUAAAAAAAUUUUUUUAGUAAUUUAUAUACAAAAAAAAAUAUUGUAUAUUUCGGUAUAUUAAUUCAAUUAAAAUUUUUAUGUUUUUUGUCUAGCAAAUUACAUAAACAUAUUUAAUUAUAAAAUGUUGCAUUUUUAUUGUUUAAAACGAAUUAUUAAAUUAAAAUUACUUAUUCAGUUUUAUUUCAAAAACUGUCCGAUAUUAAAAAAAAUAAAUUCUAAAGGUAAAAUAGGUUGCAUUGAAAUCAUAAUUAACGAACAUAAUUAGAAUGAUUUAGAAACGAUUAAUUAUAUAUAUGUUUUAAAAAAAAAAGUGAAAUAUGUGUGAAUUAUAAAAUGCAAACAAAUUAUAAUAAUUAAUUUGUUUUAAAAUAAUAUGGUUUUGAUUUUCGGUUUAUAUAAAAACCCUUAAUAAAAUUGAUAACGAAAUAAAUAUUUUUCGCGAUAUAUAAAAAUAUCACUGAAUAUGAUGAAAAAUGAAAUAUUUAUUGCUUAAAAAUAAAGGGUUUUGUAGAUAAAGCCUAGAAUUAUUCUAAUAAAAGAAUGAUACUUUUUAAUUGAAAUAGAAAUUCUUUAAUUAUUGUAAGAAGCGUAUGGUAGAUUUUUAUAAACUACUUACAAAAUACAAAUUCCUUUGUAUUUCAUGAAAUUUUGCUUAUAAGUAAAAUUGUUAAUGAAAAAAAAAUAUUGAUGCUUGUUACUUCUAUUAAAUUGAAUUUUCAAUAAUUAAUUAAAAAAUUUAUUAUUAAAUGACAAGCAAUGCAUUUUAAUAUUAUGAUUAAGAGAUAGUUCUUAAACUAUUCUUUAUUUUUAUAGAACUAUUAAAAGAAAUUGAAUUAUUUGUGAUAAAUCAAUAACCAAAUUUGAAUAAAGUAAUGACUAACUUUCAAGUAGA